GUAAACACGGGACGAGGAGGAGCCCCGGGCAGGGCGGCCGGCCCUCGGCGGCGCGGCCCCGGGGCGGCCUGCGGGGCGCGGAGGGAUCUCGGGCUAUAUAAAGGCGCGGGCCCGGCGCUGCCCCCUCUCGGUCGGCGCCCAGGAUGACGAAGAAGAGAAGGAACAAUGGCCGUGCCAAGAAGGGCCGCGGCCAUGUGCAGCCCAUCCGCUGCACCAACUGUGCCCGCUGUGUGCCUAAGGACAAGGCCAUUAAGAAGUUCGUUAUUCGGAACAUCGUGGAGGCCGCCGCCGUCAGGGACAUUUCUGAAGCGAGUGUCUUCGACGCCUACGUGCUUCCCAAGCUGUACGUGAAGCUCCAUUACUGCGUGAGUUGUGCCAUUCACAGCAAGGUAGUCCGGAAUCGCUCUCGUGAAGCGCGGAAGGACCGAACACCCCCGCCCCGAUUUAGACCCGCGGGAGCCGCCCCACGACCUCCACCGAAGCCCAUGUAAGCAGCUGAGUCCUUAACGACUGAAGAAAAAGUGUUCUCCGGGGAAAAAAAUAAAUGGCGAUUAUACUUUAUAUAA